AUGGAUAAAGAGGGGAGUGUGUUUGCGGCUUUACUGGAGGAAGAUAGUCUGGCAUAUUCUGACAGUUUCAUCUGUGGUAGUGGGUUACUUGACAAUACACAAGGGCAAACUGCAUCAUCUUUGAAAAUGAAUAAUGGGGAGGAUACUUGGAGUUUGAAGGUUGCUCCUACAGAUGGAGAGAAAGAUAAUUCCAUGCACAAUGGCAAUAGCUUGGGUUCAUCCAGUCUUACUGUUGGAAGUGUUGUGGGAAGUAGCUUCUCUGGAACUAAUUUCAGUGAAAGUAGCAGGAGUUGUAGCAGUGGUACAUCUUAUUCAAAAAACAUCAGUGAAGUUAAGGAUGGUGGUUGCGUGGAUGAUUGGGAGGUUUUAGCUGAUGAAUUGGCAGCUAUUGAUGACAAGGAGGAUCGGAGUGCCCAGAAAUCUGAGUCAUUGAUGGAGAAUAGAAGUGCUGUCAAAUUGGAUCAUCUGCCUAAGGUUGAGAAACAACCAAUUUCAACAAUGGACGUUAUAAAGCCAAGGAAAUAG